AUGAGUAACCUUCAUAAAAUGUUAGGCUAUGUUUCUGCAACAGUCAAUGCGAUUAAAGAACAAGUACGUGAUUUUCUAUCUCAAGUUGAAAUAACUCAAGAAUGUUCCAUGGAAAAAUCAGAAAAAGCUGUUGAGAUAGAGAUUUCCAAACUUGAAAAGACUAUUAUUCAAUCCGAGCAUUCUUUGGAAAGAAAGAGAAAGCGCUUGGCUUUGGACGAAGUGGAUGAUCUUGAAUACGAGUUACAAAUAAAACGGCAACGUUUAACAAAACUGCGUCAGAAACCAAAACAGAUGAUGAAACGAAAGGCAAAGCGUCACUUUUGCUCUUGGAAGAAUUCUCUGAAGAGGCAAACUGGUAAGAACAAAGGGAAAUUUCGUUUUCAUAGAGGAGCAGAACAGGCAGUGUACGAGGUUCUAGAGGAACAACUAAAGGCACAUCGCAGGAGAUGGGGAGAAGAAGGUACAGGGUACUUAGAAAGCCACCAGAAAAGACUUCAUAAGCGAGACAUGAGACGUAUUGCCAACAAAUACCUGGCCACCCACAAACAACGGUUAAUCAAGAGUUGUGAGACAGUACGUUCAUGGGGCAAAUGUCGGAAUAAACGCAGUAAUCAAUUGAAACAACAUCGCGGUAGGAACUUGUGGUCCUUUGUUAGGUCGCAGAAAAACCUAAAGAAUGACCAUAUAAAUGUCCACUAUAAUAGAGUACACAUUGAGAAUUAUACUCGGUUAUCAUAUGGGGGCAAUAUCGAUAGUCAUUUGGUUGUUCGUAGGGCAAUGGAUGACAAAGCAUACAUCAGAUGUGGUAGGAUCUUCUCCGAAGGAUUUUCCCGGCCUCUUCAUCGUCCAGUGCAGGUAACCGAUUCACAUUUUGAUAUGCCAGCCUCGGACUACCCAGAUACUGUUGGCUAUGUUAGCCCUGGCGUGAUAAUGGUUGUUAAAUCCAUGAAGCAAGUGGCUGAUCAUGAAGAUAACGAUAACUACUCUAUUAGUGAUAGUUUGAUCACGGCAACAUACAAGCCAAAACAUUAUUAUCCAAGCAGUGCUACAAACUGGCAGAACGACAUGCCAGCGAUCAGAUAUUUGUUUCGAGAAGAGCAUGAAAUUGAAGGUUCCACAACUACCACAUUUAUAGAAAAACUCCCGGAGGUUCUAUUGGAAGCGAGUUGGCACACUUUGUUUGGCUGA